AUGGAGUUUCUUAAAGAACUCCCCGUAUCGGGGCUGGACGCCCUUAAGAAUAAAUUUCUUCUCUGCGAACACCUUGGCGGUUUGACGGAGGAGGAGUUUGUGGAAGUGUUGCUCCGUGUCUGUGCUGACUACAGUACGGUCAAUUCCCCUACGGAGGCCGAGGUUCGAAGAGUGUUUGCAAGAACCGAUCUUUUGGGGAUUGGCCGCAUUUCUUGGGAAGAGUUCUCCAUGUACGCUAUUGAUUCCCUCCGAAAGCGUGAGCACCGAGUGAUGACUGGGGAGAAGGAAAAUGAGCGUUUUCACCCGUAUCAUGUGGAGCAGCUCCUGUCGAAGGUUCAUGCGGGAUCUGUGAGGGAAAUGCGUGUGUUACCGAAAAUUGGGAAGGUAAUGGUGGUCACCACAAGUAUCGGUGGUUGUUGCACCAUGAAUCUCUGUGGUAUUUCGCGAAACCUCCCCUUGUUUGGUACUAUCCGACAGAAUUCUAAUGUACCUCUUGCGUGGGAUGCACUUCCUCAGGCUGCGGGUGGUUUAUUUUCCAACAGUAUUGUCUGCUCUUACCAUGGGGGGCUUGUGCGAUUGUUUGGCGUCACGAAGCCAAACUGCUUUGAUUGCUACUUGGAGGAAUUCCAGCUGAUGCAUCUGACGGAUACUCAAUCCGCUAUUCAUUGGGUUCCAUUUAUGAACCGUCUUGCGAUGGGUAGCUGUAAAGGCUUGGUGACACUGUGGGAAAUGCAAAAUCAAUCUGUGAUGUUGCGGAAGCGACUCAGUCGGCGCCUCAUUACGAAGAUGCAGAGUCGGAAUCAACUGCUCUAUGUGGCGAGCCUGGAUACC